AUGGUAAUCGACGGCCAAUCUCUCCAAGACUCCCCAUCUGUGCAGCACAUGACGCAAAACGGCCACCUCGUCGCUCCCGCCGCAACCUCGGCAGUGCCCCGCGCUCUUCCCGAGAUUUGUUACACCUUACGGCGGAAGGUGAUUGCGUUUCUCGACCAGCAGCCCGCCGACGACGAUGCCGCCCUGAAGAGCACACAAGCACAGACGAGGGCUUCCAUCGAGAUUGUCGAAGAAGCCCUGCGUCGGUACGGGCCAGAUGAACUGUCUCUCUCCUACAAUGGCGGCAAAGACUGCCUCGUCCUUCUUGUUAUUAUCCUAGCCUGUCUUCCCGCCCUGUACGACCCAUCAAUCCAAACAAAUGGCACCGACGGCCUUGUUUCCAAGAACCCACCGCCCACCAUCCAAGCGCUCUACAUUGCGCCGCCCGAUCCGUUCCCCGAGGUCGAGGACUUUGUUUCAAGCACAACAAAGGAAUACCACCUCGACUUAACGCGCUAUGCGCUGCCAAUGCGCCAAGCCCUGGAGGCUUACCAAGCAGACAAGCCAGCCAUCAAGGCGAUUUUCAUGGGCACACGACGAACCGACCCGUACUGCGAGUUUCUGACGGGAUUCAGUCCCACAGACAAAGGUUGGCCGCAAUUCAUGAGAGUGAAUCCCAUUUUGGACUGGCAUUACGCCGAUAUCUGGGCUUUCAUCUUACGUCUCGACAUUCCCUUUUGCAGUCUCUACCAACAGGGAUAUUCGUCUCUCGGCGGCGUCAAAAACACCCGACCGAACCCAGCGCUUGCCAUUGAUGCCGAGGGCACAAAAUUCCGCCCAGCAUACGAACUUGUCCGCGACGACGAAGAGCGCCUCGGUCGCGACAAGUAG